AUAUCGCAUAAAUCACCCUUUCUUGAGUGGUACUCCAACACAUUAAGACUUGCACAUCGUGUGUUAACAUUAGCUUCCAAAAUGUGUUUGUGUGCGACGCCUGUGUGAGGAGGAUUUGCACUCGCAGUGGAGAUUAAAGCUGGGCAAAAGAUUAAGCAAAUUACCCGCGAUGGUGUCUCCUGAAAUAAAGCGUUGCUGUGCGAGCUCCUGGGCAGCCAUCAGGAUGUAGAGCGCGGUACGGAUGUUUCGCAGAGCCUGGACAACUAUUUCACGAUGACAACCACCACCUAGCCAAUCAGCAACGAUGAAUGACACGGCCCAUCGAAGGAUCCCCCCUGACCAGUCAUCGGGGAGUCUGCACACUUUUGGCACCCCUCGCCAUCCCAAUGUCAUCAACCCCAUUCUAUCAAAGCGGGUAUGCUUCUACAAGAGCGGAGACCCUCAGUUCAGCGGAUUACGCAUGGUAGUCAACAACCGCACCUUUAAGACGUUUGACGCCCUCCUGGACAGCCUGUCUAAAAAGGUGCCCCUGCCGUUUGGCGUGAGGAACAUCACCACCCCACGUGGGGUUCACGCCAUCAACACACUGGACCAGCUGGAGGAUGGCAAGUCCUACAUCUGCUCUGACAGCCGGAAGGUAAAACCCAUCAACCUUGCGCUGGCCAGGAAGAAGCUGCCGCCCUGGUAUCACGCCAGACCUAUUAGCGCCCACCGCCACCGCCGGACAGUGCAGCUGGCCAGGGCUUUCCCGGGCUGGAGCAUGCGCAGGCAGGAGCCUGUGCUUGUGCACACGCCGAAAAGGCUGGUGGUGUUUCGCAAUGGGGACCCUUCUGUCAAACAUCUGGUGGUGCUCCGAAAGAGGAGCAUGGCUACGUUUGAGUGGAUUCUGGAAUAUAUUUCAGAGAUGUUGCAGUUCCAUGUGGUGAAGCUGCACACACCUGAUGGCAGACGUGUGGAAGGACUCCCAGGCUUGAUCCUGUGCUCGGGAAUGGUUGUGGCUGCAGGCAAGGAGCCUUUCAGGCCCGCAAACUACUACAGCCAAAAAUCACCAGCGUCAACAAGGCCGUCUGCCAGAAGACUGAAGGCUUUGAGCCGUAAAAAGAAGUCGCUGUCAUAUAAGUCUAGAAACUUCUCAGUGUCCUCGGAGAGGUACAUUGUGAACAAGAUUCACAACUCCCUCAUGGAGAGCUCCUGCGACAUACCCAGCAAUCCCACCAACUCCAUCGAGUACGAGUCCGGACAUGUGCUGGAGUCAGUUGCAGAGACGGAUGCUGAUGUUGAGGCACCCACUGAGGACGACAUUGAGAAGUCCUUCCGGGUCAACCAGGAUGGCAGCAUGACGGUGGAGAUGAGGGUACGACUUACAAUCAAGGAGGAAGAAACCCUCCAUUGGACGACCACCCUGACACGUUCCAGUGUGGCAAAUCAUCUUAACAUGACUUGUUUGCCUGAGCUGGAGUCAGAGCAGGACAUCUGCACUGCUGCUUCACUGGAUUUACAUAACCCUGCCUUCUCCAAUGACACCAUGAGCAAGGACAAGACCAAAGACGACCACAACGAGGCUCCACCCUCCCUCGGGAAUGGAGUUUUUAGCCAUAGUAGUUAUGAAGAUGACAUCAAAAUACAGACAAAUUUGGGGUCUCCUAGGAGAGUGCAGACCCCAGGACAUAAACAAAUAAGAAAAAAGCAAAAAUCUGUAGAGAGUGUUAGAUCAGGGACAGCAGAGGACAUUCAGGAAGGAGUCAAUGGCUCUUACUCGUUCAUGGAAGAGACGGAAAACGGUGCAAUGAUGGAGAAGUACUGCAUGGUCAAGCAGAGCAGCACAAGACCAAUCCCAAAACCCAGAAGACUCAGUUCUAUGGAUGCCAUUGCCCUACACAAUGCAAAUAUGUCAUCCUAUAAAUCAGCUGAGAUCAUGCAGAUUGAAUCUAGUGAGGAAGAAGUGACUGAAACUGUCUUACAUAUAUAUGAACAACAGACUUGUCAGGAUAAUUUCCAUGCGAAUGUCUGCACACAUGGGAUGUCCUUUUACAGGCCAGCUACUUCAGAAACGGUACAUCACUCCACAAAUAACUUUGAACCAGAGCUCUGGAGACCAUCAGCAGCUUCUGAGUCUAUUAACAUCUGGACGGUUGGGAACAAGUCAGUCCCCACUCUUAAACGUAGCAGAAUAAAAGUUAGGCAACAAGUGCCAAAGUCCCCCAAAGGCAAAGAAAAUCAACCUCAGCUAAAGUCCAACAAAGUCAGAAGGAGCCCCAAAGUUAAUAAUAAAGGCUUUAGAAGGCUUCUGUCGCCAGGUAAAAGACAGAAUUUAUCAGGAUCUACAGAGAAGCACAAAAAAGCAAAAACCUUCUCCAGUGCAGGGUUCCUACAAAGAAUCUAUGGCAAUAAAUUGAAAUCACCAAAAAACAAAUCGAAGCUCAAAAGGAGAUUGACACAAAGUGAGGAUGGGGCCUUGAAGGCACCAGACAACCAAACAAAACAGGAACAAUAUAUGCAUGAGGCAAAGGGAGUACUGAUUCGUCAGACUUCCGUACAUCGAGAGAAGAAGGAAAACAAAUGUCAUGAAGUCAGUGAACAAAUGUCACUGCCUGCUUUUGACUCCUCCAGUUCUGUGGCGAACGAAUACGUGGAGAGCUGGCUGAAGAAAGCCCAUAUUAACGGAGAUAGAAGCCAAAGUAAGCCAGAGGGGGCUUACGUAAAAACAGAAAGUGGACCGUCAUUGCCUGAGGAUGUGCGGGGAACUUCUGUCAGAUACAGAAUCCAGUCCUUGGAGAACAAAUUUGCUGCAUCCAACAUCAACAUACAGAAUAAUAGAGCAGAAACCAAACCUGAACCUAAAAUGAACCAACCAGAGAUGCCACCAUAUAGCCAUACAAUGGACAAUGAAGCAAUCCAAGAGCCUUUUGAUGCUCCUUCAAUGGAGUUACCUCUACCUCCACCACCUGAAGAGGAAGCCCUAGAAGAGUCAAAUCCUGAAUAUCACCUGACAAAUGUAGCUGAGGCUGUGGCCUGCAAUCCAACUUAUGUGCAGCCACCAGGGAGAACUUCAGAUAAUCACCCGCCAUCUGUUGAUCCCACACCUGCCCAGGAUUUACCGCACAGCCAGCACGUCAUGAAAAUGGCUAAACUACUGCAGCAAGAUGUUCCUAACACACUGGAGAGAGCUCCAUCUAUCAAAAGGGCCUCCUUGGUCAGUAAUGUGUCUCUAGAGAGGAACAUGUCUGUCAGAAAGGCUUGUCUGGACAAGUUAUGUACCAAUGACAUCUCCUCUAUGAUUGCUUCUGAGACACUUGGCGAAAAACAGUCUGUCUUGGUUGCAAAAAGUAGCUCUUCUGUAUCUCCAAAUAGUUUAAUGUCUGAAGAGAGGUUGUCGUCAGUCAGUUUUCCAUCAAGUGAGGUUCCAACAUCUCCAAAUAAUCUCCCAAGGGAGGAAUCGACACCUAAACCUGUAAAAAUGUUGGAGAGUUCAUCUCCAGAUAGAAAACAACAAGCCCAAUCUUUCCAUCAGCACCAUCUGGAUAAGAAAAUAUCACCAAAUAUGGGCGUGCGAAAACAGGUUUCUCCAAAUACCAGUCCCUUGCCACAGACUAGGCAUAUACUGUCCAAAACCAAUGUCAGCAAAAAGUCGACAUGUUCCCAGUCUAUGGACUUGGUGUCACCUCAAGCUAGACGCAAGUCAAAAAGAAAGAUGCUUUACAGAAAUGUAUCCUCAGAUAGCACAACAGAGGCUGUGAGUACAGUAACAAAAACAGCAUCCCAAAGAAAGAAUACUCUUAAGUCCUUAACAAUUGAUCGGGACAAAACAUGUACCACGUAUCUAGACGCAAAACAGAUUGAUGCCAAUAAGGCGACAGAUGAGAAACCUUUGAGGGACGUGGAAUUCCAAGUACAGACGUUAAAAACUGUCAACCAGCGACACAGGAAAGACCUACUGGACAAUGUCUGCUACUCCAUCAAGUCUAUCAGGCAAAUCACUCAAAACAAGCGUACAUCUUGCUUGGAAAAGUCCAACAGCUUGCCGGACUUCUCCUCCCAUGUGGCCUCCACCUUUGGCUCCUCUUCCAAAGUGCUCCUUGCCUUCUUGUCCAUCAUGACACUAAAGGAAAGCAUCACCAACAACAGCGUGGACCAGCUGGAGGCCAACGACGUCAGCUGCGCCGAAGCUUUGAAGAUGAUCGACUCCCUGAGAGAAAUUGCAAGUAUGGAAGAUUCCCAGCAGUUAAAGGACAGUUUGUCUGAGCUACAAAAGUCAGCAACGAAGAAGCUACUGGACAGCUGGAGGGGCUUCCAGGAGAUGGGUGAUAAAUAUAAGAGUUCAACGCCAUGCGGUUCAGAGAGAGAUCUCGGACAUGACGCUGAAGAGCGGGUCAUUGAUGACUUCAUUGAUGGACUUGACAUACCUGAAAUACUUAAAGGGGAACUUACAUCUCUCUCAGCGGGAUCUCAUAGUGAGAGUGACAGAAAUGAGAAUAUGAUAAAUGAAAACAGUGAAGCUGGGGGCUGCAGGACUGAGGAACACACUGAAGAAAGCCAGGACUUUGACAAUGAACAGCAGCAGAUCAACUUGGACCAUGAUAUUUCUGAUACUGCUGUGGAACAAUGCUCUGAAGAGGAAGCAGAUCAUGAGGAUAAACCACUGGAUGAAACACCAGCGAUAAGUCUCCAUGAAAGCACCUUGGAUCUGAAUGAGCCAGUGUCAUCUGAGGUUGAAUGCACAGGACUGAAGGCAAUUGUCGAAGAAAGUCAAUCUGGUCCAGAGGAAGAGCAGGAGAGUGUGGAGCAGGAGGAGCAUAUGGAAGAAAAGACUCAGGAGGACAUUUCCAUGGAUAAAAGACUCAUUGGUGACCCCCUUCCGGAGAGAGGUCAGCAACAGCAUCCCGACAUCAUGAGCUUGAUUGAUCAAGCUGAUGACACGCCAAAGCAAAGUAGCCUUGGAGAAGACGACAGCGGGAAUGAUCACAGAAGCUGUAAAGACCACGCAGAGUCGGUCGUUGAGUAUGAGCAAAUCAGGAGCUCCAUAGAAGAGGAAUUAAGCUUCUACGAGAAAGAGUCUGUCUCAGACAUUAAAUGUGACAAAGUGGACAUCCCACAAGAUCAGUCAGAAGAAAUAACAUUGCAGCCAGUGGCAGUAAGGGUUAGUCUUCUGGAAAAGCAGGUUGCUGAAAGACAGAGUAAGAGAUACCAUAGACAACAUGUCAAAAAGGCCUCGCUCGUGUCAGAUGUUGAGGAGCUUUCCACUGAAACAUUUCAUCACUGCAGCAGAUCAGCCCCUCAGUCAUCACUUUCCUUUAGCUAUGACUCGAGUGGUGCUGUAACCGCAGAGCAUGAGGGUAACAGAGUCAAGUCCAUCAGGGACAUGUUUCUAGCCAAGGGUUCUGCAGAUGUUCCAAAACACGAGCAGGGUUUGAACACAACACAGCCAUCCGAGUUUAGAGCAGAGAGUGGUGGCUAUCAGACUCAAACAUCCAGUGAACUGUCCAGUGGUGAAGAGGAUUCAUCAAGGAAGUCCAUCAGCAAAGGCUUUGUGAGGAGAACCAUUGAAAGGCUAUAUGGGAAGAAGGAUACAGUGGAAAGGCCUCCAUCGGCACCCAAAACAAAAAAGCACUCCUGCAUUUUCUCUCCCUUGCACAUGGCCCGAUCCAAAGCAGCUUCAGAGUUGUCUUACUUCAAUUCCACUACUGCUCUGGACACCUUGACCGAGGCGACCCGAUGCAUCGCUUUCAACGCACAAGUCGGUCCUGGAGACAGUGUACCCAUCGACACGGACCGAUGGCUCAUCAGAGAGAACACUCUGAUCAGAAAAUCUGUUUCAGACCCAACUGGAAUUAACAAGAACUUAGUGAACUGCCACAAAGACGAGGACGGGUGUGAAGACACGCAAGAGAUCACACCCUACUCCCUUUUCAGCACGACGUCCCAACAGGAAGACAGUAAAAAGUCUAAAAGGUGCACCUAUUUUUCUUUGCCCCACACGAGCGACUCGGAGGUCUGCCUGGAGAGUGGUGACCCGGAAGCAAAGGACAGCUCGGAGACUGCCAACGCGCCGUCAGAGAGGAACGGUUCAGCUGUUGGGGACUUUAAGAUGAUGGACAACAAGGUGCACCCGCUGGUCGAGCUUCCGCCGGACAGUGAGGUGGUGGUGUCACAGCCCGGAAAAGGUCACGGAGUCAUGAACAGACAUCUUCAGGAGCCCGAUGUCUUGGAUAUUUUGUACAACUUUUGCGGUCAACACUGUCCCAUCUUGUGAACACUGUCUUGUCUUUGGUGCCUACAUUUUUCAAGUUGCCAUAAUCUUGGCAUGAACUACUAACUUCACUUGUUUUUUUAUGUUCAGGUCUUCUGUUGCCGGUUUAAUGCACUUGCAACUAUAGUAAGACUCGUGUGAAUAUUUUUGCGUAUUUAUUUUUGCCACCAAGUUGUUUGCCAGCCACCAGAACGAGCUACUGGGAGAAUUAGCGUAAUCUUGUUUUCAAGCUCCUAAGAUCAGCUCAAGGCCCAGCAGAUGUCAGGCAAGGAGACCACAACCUGGUGGCUCCAAACAAUGAAUGACGCAGCUAUGAUUUGGCCUCAACAUGUUUGUUUUCGUACUUUGCAGUUAAUGUGCAGAUGUUUAGCCAUGCCAAAAAUGUAAUUGAUGUGCAAACAUUUUUGUUUAAUGGUAGAUGAGAGCAGUUUUAAUGUUUCACAAUGUGGCAGCUGUGACAACGUUGUGUCUUCAAACUCUUGUGAAGAAAAUAAAAUGUGGAUCAUUUCCAGAUGUGGU